AAUCAGAACAGAAAAUAUAACUUCGUGGUUCAGCGGGUACAACAGUUUAAAAAAGUUAUAAUAACAUAUAGUGUAAUAUUUUUGUGAAAUGUGAUUUGUAAACUUUAGACUAUGAUCUCGGACUAAGUUUUGAAUUCUGAAAAAGAACAGUAGAAAUGUCUCAACCUCACAGAAAAGCAGUGCUUAAUUUAUAUAAAACGCUUUUAUAUUUAGGCAGAGACUGGCCUCAGGGUUCUGAUCUGUUUCGAAAACGUUUGCAUAAAGUGUUUGUAAGGAAUAGCGAGGAAAGUGAUCCAGCAAAGAUAGAAUCAAUGAUAAAACAUGGGCAAUUUGUUGUAAAAGAAAUCGAAGCUCUCUACAAACUUAAGAAGUAUAGGGCAAUGAAAAGAAGGUACUAUGAUGAUAAUUAAUUAAAAAAAUACUUUUCUACAAUACCCAUACAUGUUUUUAUAAUCAUGUAUAAAUGUUCCAAUCAUAGUAUCAGUGUUGCAUAAUGUUUUAUCUUCUAUAAACUUAAAUGAUAGUGUAUUUUUCUUGGUUAUUUGUUAAACAAAUUAUAUUUUACAAUUAAUUUUGUUAUCAUAAAUGAGCCUUAAAAUUACAUGUUGACAGGACCUGGCAUGUCAUGAUAAAUUCUUGUUUAUGAAAACAUAUGUCUAAUCUCUCAACAAUGGGUGUAAUAAAUAAAUAAAUUUGUUUGUUGUUCAAAUAACAUUUUAAUAACAUUUAUGUCGUUCAAAUUGCCUUAUUAUAUGUUUUUGUUUGCAUGUUCGGUUAUAUAUAUAUUUUUUAAUUAUCCAAUGUAAUGAAAACAAUCACUAAAAUUUUAUAAAUAAAAUAGGGUUUAGAAUCCUGGUAUGUAAAUAUGUAAUUAAUGUUACCGUUGUAUCAAAUACACAAAAUGAAACUAUGAAA